UCUCUUCUGUGUUUGUUUGUUGAUCCUUCGAGGUAAACAGGUCUUUAUUGAUCAUCUGUAAAUGUUUAUGCUGGGAUGGAUCACAUCUAUUGAUGAGGAUCAUUGAUCGACAGUAGCAGAAGGUAAAGAAGCGAGUAGAGAAACCUCUGACUGGAGAAAUUUCACUCCUAUCGGGGACUAGAUCCAUUCUUUCUUCUUUGAGCCAUAAAUCUGCAGUUUUUAAUCUCAAAGGAGGAUUAUCCUGAUCUCUCUCUUGUCUUUAUUAAUCCUCCCCCUCUGUCUGAUCCUCCUCGUCAUCCUUUGGUCUCCCUAAUCUCCUCCUUUUGUUUCCUUCAUUUCUCUUGGUCUCGUGGAAGCUGCUGAACUCUCAGAUUCUCACACAUUAAAUCCCUAAAUCUGGACCUGACUGAACUGUCAUAGGAACCGGUUCUGGUUUUGGACCUGCUUGUUGAUCCAGUUGCGACAGAGGCUGUAAAAUGUUGGCCGGGGAGCGAUCAGCUGUGCUCCUACUCCUCCUCCUCCUCCGUCCUUCCCCCUUCCAGGUGAUGGCGUCCUCCCUCCCCGGCGUGACGGCGUGGAGCGGCGGGACCAGCUCGGCCUCAAACAAAGACUGCGUCCAGGUUGAGACUGGUUCUGGAGGCCUGACAGUCCGCUGCUCUGGACUCCGGCUGACGCAGGUCCCGCUCGGUCUCUCCAACCGAACCUUCUUCCUGCUUUUGAACAGAAACUUGCUCCGCUCUCUGCCGCCAAAAUCCUUCUCUGGUCUCCUGCAGCUCCACGAGCUGGAUCUGUCCAACAACCAGCUUUCCACCCUGGAACCCGGCUGCUUCUAUGGGCUGGAGGACUCUCUGCGCCUCCUCGAUCUGUCGUCUAAUCGGCUCUCCUGGUUGGAGCCGCAGGCGUUCGCCGGGCUGCAGGUUCAGGUCAACUUCACUCACAACCCAUGGCACUGUGACUGCAGCAUGCAGAUGUCCGUGUCUCAGAUGGAUCUGGAAGCAUCUUCUCUAGAGAAAGUGGUGUGCCAGACAUCAGACAUCCCAAACGCUGGAACCGUCGGCCUCCCGCUGGUCUUACUGGUGGAGGACUGGGACCUGUGCCAGUCUGUGAGGAGAACCACGGAUGUGCUGACUCUGAUCACCAUGUUCCUUUGGUUCUUCAUGCUCGUCUCCUACCUGAUCUACUACGUCCGUCAGAACGAGGUGUUUGCUAACCAACACUUUGAGUACAUCAAGUUCCUGGAGAACCGGGAACCCUUUUCCCCCAUAGAGUUCCUGAAGAACCUCUGAGCGGCUCCAACACUUCCAGAUCCUGCUUCCUGUGAGACGAUGAAGGUCGUCUGAGGUCGUCAGGUCCUGAAGGACACACGAAUGCAUCACCAUGGACGCCCAGGCUGAUGGAUACACUAAGAUCUGCAGAUCUCAAACACUCGUAGGGAUUUUCUGGACAGGCGAGCAGCUUCAGCUUCAGCCACGAAAGGACAUUUGGUUUGAACUCCUGUUGAGAACGAGCAAUCCAGAGCUGCAGGAGGAACGACACAAACCUCUGAUUUCCACUCCACCUCCCAGGUUGUUAUUGUGAACAACAACAUGUUAACAGAUCACCUGGUUAAACAAAGGUUUAAACUGA